AUGGCCGAUUUUGUAAAGUUGUCGAUUUUCGGAACUGUUUUUGAAGUUACUACAAGAUAUGUGGAUCUUCAACCAGUUGGCAUGGGUGCAUUUGGUUUGGUUUGUUCGGCAAAAGACCAACUGACUGGAGCCAGUGUUGCCAUUAAGAAAAUAAUGAAGCCUUUUAGUACGCCUGUUCUUUCAAAAAGGACUUAUCGUGAAUUAAAGUUACUCAAGCAUCUAAAACAUGAAAAUAAACCAAGUAACAUUUUAAUUAAUGAAAAUUGUGACUUGAAGAUCUGUGACUUUGGUCUGGCUCGCAUUCAAGAUCCACAAAUGACUGGUUAUGUCUCAACCAGAUACUAUCGAGCUCCUGAAAUCAUGUUAACAUGGCAAAAAUAUGAUGUAGCAGAAAUGUUAGAGGGAAAACCUUUAUUUCCCGGGAAAGAUCAUGUAAAUCAAUUUUCAAUUAUUACCGAAUUACUUGGUACACCACCAGAGGAUGUAAUCAAAACAAUCUGCAGUGAAAACACUUUAAGAUUUGUACUUUCAUUACCACAGAGAGAAAAAGUUCCAUUCUCUGAAAAGUUUACGAAUGCCGAUCCUGAUGCAUUGGAUUUACUUGAAAAAAUGCUUGUGUUUGAUCCAAUAAAACGUAUUAAUGCCGAACAAGCUCUAUCUCAUAAAUACUUGGAACAGUAUCAUGAUGAAUCAGAUGAACCAAUUGCUGACGAAGUAUUUGAUUGGUCAUUUAAUGAUGCGGACCUUCCCAUUGAUGAUUGGAAAGUUAGAAUUCUAAGUUAUAAAGAGAAUACAGAAGUCCAACAAAUUUAUAAUAAAGAUUUGUUCCCCUAA